AGCACUGUUGAAACCCCAAGCACACCAGGAUCACCAAGUACACCAGAAUCUCCAAGCACACCUGGUUCACCAAGUACUCCAGGCUCAUCAAGCACACCAGAGUCUCCCAGUACACCAGGGUCACCAAGUACUCCAAGUUCUAUAAGUACUCCUGGCUCACCAAGUACACCUGAAUCAGUAGGCACUCCUGGAUCACCAAGCACACCAGAGAGCACUCCAGGGUCACCAAGCACACCAGGUUCACCUAGCACUGUUGAAACCCCAAGCACACCAGGAUCACCAAGUACACCAGAAUCUCCAAGCACACCUGGUUCACCAAGUACUCCAGGCUCAUCAAGCACACCAGAGUCUCCCAGUACACCAGGGUCACCAAGUACUCCAAGUUCUAUAAGUACUCCUGGCUCACCAAGUACACCUGAAUCAGUAGGCACUCCUGGAUCACCAAGCACACCAGAGAGCACUCCAGGGUCACCAAGCACACCAGGUUCACCUAGCACUGUUGAAAGCCCAAGCACACCAGGAUCACCAAGUACACCAGAAUCUCCAAGCACACCUGGUUCACCAAGUACUCCAGGCUCAUCAAGCACACCAGAGUCUCCCAGUACACCAGGGUCACCAAGUACUCCAAGCUCUAUAAGUACUCCUGGCUCACCAAGUACACCAGAAUUAUCAAGCACUUCAAUUACUCCUUUAUCAUCGAAUCCUACACCAACUGUUGCCAUUAGUCCUCCUACAGGCACUUCAACUGGUAGGUUGUUUUUUUUUAUGUUAUAUUCAUAUUGUCUGAUUUACAUUUUAAACAAAAAAUUAUUUUUUUCAUGUUUUAACAAAUUUUUAAAACUUUACCAUGGCUUCUAUUUGAUUUUGUUUCUUUUUAUGCCCAUUAAAUUCUCUUUAGCUGCGACACCUUGCAGAGUAUUCAAUUCAACUCUUGAUGAUUAUUACUUCUCUUCAUCAUUGGAAGUUUUUCUUUACCCACUGAUUUCAAAAGUACCAGAUUAUGUUGGUCAAAUAUUUGUCAGCGGCUUAAAACCUGGACAAGAGGCAUUGAUUAUAUUUGGUCCUGAUUACAAUAACAUGAAUGUAAGUAACCUACGGUAACCUCUUACAUUUUAUCUUUAAAAACCUGAUUACCACACUUGGCAAGAAGAACAUUAUUUACCACAUAUGGCAUGAAGUACAUAAUUAUCACACUUGGCAUGAAGCACAUUAUUACGACACUUGACCUGUACCGCAUUAUUAACACACUUGAGAUAUAGCGCAUUAUUUUCUUGAUUUGUUUUUAAUUUCUCUCAAUGUUUCAAAUUAUCAUAAGUGUGAAGAUCCUCAGUUUACUUACACUUUUAUGUAUCAUAUGGUUGGCUAAGUUGCUGGAUGAUCAGAUGGUUGAGAGGUAGGCAUAAUUAUUUAUAUCAGCUGAUUGGCUGAGUCAAGAGAUGUUCAGAUUAUUGAGGUUGAAGCAUACUUAUAGGUAACCAGAAGGUUGGCUGAGUCAGGAGAUAUUCAGAUUGUUGAGGUGGAAGCAUACUUAUCGGUAACCAGAUGGUGGGUUUACUCAGGAGAUGUUCAGAUUAUUGAGGGGGAAACAUACUUAUAGGUAACCAGAAUGGUUGGCUGAGUCAGGAGCUGUUCAGAAUUGGGAGGUGGAAGCAUACCCAUAGGUAACUAGAUGGUGGGCUGAGUCAGGAGAUGCUCAGAGUGUUGAGGUGGAAGCAUACUUACUGAUAAGUAACCAGAUGGUUGGCUGAGUCAGGAGAUGUUUAGAUUGUUGAGAUGGAAGCAUACUUAUAGGUAACCAGAUGGUGGGCUGAGUCAGGAAAUGUUCAGAUUGUUGUGAUGGAUGCAUAAUUAUUUUUUGUGAGUUGGCUGAUUUAGUCUGGAGAUCUUGUGGGUCUUGAGAAGGAAACAUACUUGUUUGUAUCAGCUAAUUGGCUGAGUCAGGAGAUGUUCGGGUUUUUGCAUUGUUCAGAUGUUGUUCAAUGUUGCCACAAAGAAAUUCUCCAAAUUUCUUCCUUAACUUUACUAGCAAUAAGACUUUUGUUAAAAUGUCUUAAUUUAAAAUCAACAAUCAUGAGUGUCGCUUUGUCUUAAAAUAAAUAUUUGUGAAUGCUUUUGCUGUGAAAGUUAUUCUAUUUCUUAUCUUUCUUUAGCACUUUAUAUUAUUGUCUUUUAGUUCUAUGAAACCAUUUGGUUUUUAUGUCUUGUAUUAGUCUCACCACUGAUGUCUUUUAUUACUCUUACAAGUGAUGUCUUGUAUUAAUGCUACUAACAAUGUUUUGUAUAAGUCUCACCACUGAUGUCUUUUGUAAGUCUUUUACCAAUGUCUUGUUUUAGUCUUGCUACCAAACAACUUUAUUAUUUUUAUAUUUCUUUGAAUACAUUUCGUUUUUUCUGUCUUGUAUUAAUUUCACCAUGUAUGUCUUUUACUAGUCUCACCACCAAUGUCUUGUAUUGGCCUCAUCACCAAUGUCUUGUACUAGUUUUAUCACCACAGGCUUUUAUUAGUCUUAUCAUCAAGCCAUUGAUGGAUACUUAAUUUAUUUACUUUAUUUAGCUAACAUCAUAUGGCCACCUCAAUUGCCAAUUUGACAACAUAGUUUGCUUAAAUGCUAUUUGUGUGUUAAAGCAUAUUGCAAAUUCAGUUGUUUACUUUUGUAAUUGCAGGUUUUGAUCGGUGAUGGUCAUAAUAAAGCUACAACUAUAACUUCAAGUUAGUACUUAUUUUUUAAAAUGUAUAAUUGUGAUUAUUAACUUUUCCACCUGAAGGAUUUAGUGAAGUAAAGGAUCAUUUUUCUUAACAACAACUCCUCUCACUACAAUAUGCAGAAAGGAUAAAGUAGGUCUAGUGGACUAAACUUCAUGCUCGUUUGAACCUUCGUCUUGACCAAGACAGCAGUUUUGACACGGCUGCCAUCUCUUACUCACUCUAAAAAAUACUUUUUCAUUAUAAUAUCAUUUAUUUUUAACAAAAAUAUUUAUAAAUUAUUUUAAUGGUAGAUUUUGUUAGGGCACCCUAAAUUCUCCCCAACCCCUCAAUUAUUGGUUGUAGAAAUUUGACCUUUAAAAAAAAAUGGAUUAUGUACCUAAUAGCAGGGUCAUUUUUACGUGAUGUUGAUAUUGUAAAUUUCAGUUCACAGUUAAACUUUUUUUAUAACUACUGACAAAGCUAUACUUUGUCCUGUAUCACAGUGAUACAAAUCUCCACUAGCUCAUCAGUUAUCAUUCUCAUGUAUUAUUUUAUGAAACUCAAAGCGACCAUAGGAGUCCUACUGUAUUGUAUUUGUUUAUUUUAAACUAGCUAUAGCAUGCCAAACAUUGGCGACAGCAAUGCAUGAACUUCCCAUCUACUAAAGUUACUUGACAAAAACAUGAACUGACUUUACGCACAUUUAAGAAUGCCAAUUUUGCUACACCCCUUCCCCCACCCCCCUUUUUCAUGAUACAGCACACUUUUUAUGGUAAUUAUUUAAAAAAAUUAAUUUGAUUGGAACCUUAUCCUAUGUAAACUUCAAGUGUAAAAAGCUUAAAUUUUCAAAAAAGUUGUGUAGUCAUGCUUUUUUUUUUUUUUUUUUUAAAUAAAAAAAUUAUGCUUAAAUUUUCAAAAAAGUUGUGUAGUCAUGCUUUUUUUUUUUUUUUUUUUAAAUAAAAAAAUUAUAUAAUGCUCUUUUUAUUAUCCUGAUAUACAUAAGAUCCAGGGAAGUCUUGGAUAGUUGGCAUUCCUCUAUUGUCAAAUUUUUAAUGUUAAAUUUUCUUGCAAACUUACAAACAAUUAUUUGGUGCUUUAUAAAUAAUUGGGGAAAUUUAAAAAAAUAAAAAUUAAUAAAUUAAUGUUCUGCUUUCUACUGAAGCAAUAAAUAUAAAAGAUUUUUUAAGAAUGAUGCUAAUAAGUUAUUUGAGAUUGAAAGAAAUAACAAAUUUAGUGAAGUUUUUACUGACAAUUGAUCUACUGUGUUGAUAGCAAGGAUAUCUUUUAAAUGAUUGGUUUGUUAACAAAUUUAUCAAAUAAAAUUAAUUGAAUUUUCAAGUUUGAAUUCUUCCCCCAUCAUUACAAAUUUGUCUCACAAUUUAGACACCCUCAUAAUAAAUCAUUAAAAAUUCAUGACCCCCCCAUAGCUAUGUGAUGUGAGGUCCUUAUUGGAUGAUGCCUUUCCAAAAUGGGAUGAAGCAACUAUAGCCUACCUGUUAUUGUUUGUAUCUAUAGAUAGGAAACUUAUUCCUGCAGACAGUUUUACCGGUUUCCCAUUUUUUUUUAAAUUUUGAAAGUAGAUCAUUUGAAGAAAGGAAAUUUACCUAACUUAAAAUAUUGAAGUCAAUAUCUAAAUUGAUAUCUUUUUUUCAGCUGAUGAUCUGGAAGCUACAAUACAAACGUACAAAGGUGUGUAGCCAAAUCCAUUACACAAUCUUGUUUUAAGUUAUAAAACCCUUAAGUUAUAGUCUGCCAUGUCAGGUGAAGCAUUAAAGUUAUAUUAAAAAGUGUCUCCUAAAAAUUACUUUUAAAUGAGUCAUGAUUUUACAGUAAUUCAGAGGUUCCCAAAUUUUUUUGGAGUCACUCUUCUACAUCAAGGGUUGCUCAAGGCCCUAUGUCAAAUUCUAACAAGUACACUGCCAAAUUUUGUUUUCUUUACACGGAUUGCUGAAGACCCAAAAUCAAUCAAAUAACCACUGGUGAAUGGAAGUCUCUGAGCUUUAGCACACAGAGGAGAAAAUUCUUAUCUAGGGAUUUUCAAAAUUCAGUAAAUUCCUAGUUUAGCUAUUUGUUUCAAUAUAUAUCACUGGAUACCUCAAUAAGAUUCACUUUUUCUGCUGUAGUAAAUUCUGAUGGAUCACUGGCAUUAAAUGGAUUUUGAAUCCAUGGAAAUUUAUCUAAAUUUUUAAUUUGAAAAUAUUUCUCAUACUAGUUGAUAAGCUGUAAAAAAAAAGUGCUCUUCAAAAAUGGAUUUUACAUUAGGAGCGAAGUCAACACCAUCGAAUUUCAACAACUAUUAUGUCUAUUUUUCAUUUCCUUAGUUUUGCUAAUUUCCAAUUUAAAUGAAAAUAUUCCUACCUUGCAAGAAGGUACAUUCAGCACUAAGACCCUCCAAAACCAAAAAAACAAUAUUCAUACAAAAGGAAUUGAAAAACCUAACUAUUAUAUAACUAUAUAUUUUUAAAAGCUUCUGAAAACAUUCAUCACUAAAUGAGAUCCUGGUUUGCACUAAGCCUACUAGAUGUCUCAUAAUUUUUCAUUAGGAAAUUUGUGAACACUUUGAGGAGGCACACAGUUUGGGAACCUCUUUCCUAAUCUCUUAAAUAUUUUAUACUGGAAGUAAUAGCUAGUAGUUUUAAGUAUUGAAGUCAAUUUCAGACCAAAACUUUAUUCAAUGAGGAUGGCAUGAUAACUUUUACAAUUUAGAAAGAAGGCAGGUGCUAUUUUCUCUAAAUGUGUUGUACACAGAAGGUGCUAUCUUCUCUAAAUGUGUUGUACACAUAACAGGUGCUAUAUUUUCUAAAUGUCUUACACAAAGGAUGUUGCUCAUGUUUAAAACAAUAUGGUUUUUAUUGACAGAUUUGAUAAAACCAUAUGAGAUAUUCAGAAUAAGUUCAGAGACAGCAUUAUUCCUGUUCCACACAACUCCUGGUUUGUCUGUUGAUAAACAAGUUUCUGCUCCUGUCUAUGAUAUACAGGUAAUUCUUAUCUUAUUUUGCUCAGAUUAACUUGAAACACUUAGUUUUUCGAGGAAUAUAGAUUCAGCCACCUCUGCCAAAAGAAAAAGGAUCAUAAAAAUGAUGUCUGGUAUGAGGCCUACUGGAAAGAGAUAGACCUUUUGUCUGAGGAAAAAGAGAAAAGCCUACCUGGCCUACAAGUGUGUACCUAGUGCUGGUAAGUUCCAGGCUCUCAGGAUUGCAAAGAAGGUAACCUUAAAGCCUGCCUGCUCUUGUGGCAACACUUACUGUAAGUACCUUUGCAAUAGUUUACAGUUGACUUCAACAAAUGAAAUCCAAAAGGUAUCAAGAGGGAAAAAGGUCAAAGACUGCACCCCUUAAGUCCAAGAAAGACCAAGUUUUAAUGAACCGAAACAAUCAGCUGUGGUGUUUAUUCAAGCUUUAUCUUGAACUGUACACAACAACAACUGUAGUCUGAAACUGUACUGGACAUUAUCCCUGUCAUGCCAAUAAAAUGGAAGACUUAAAGAUGAACCAACUCUGAAUGAGCCAAUGGCCAAUUGAUUACCUUGCUGCUGGGUAAAGCCUGGGAGUGACAGCAUCUCUCCUGAUGUCCUCAAAAUUUGAAAACCAAUUCUGCUUCACUCUUGAAUUUGUUCCUCUAGCUGUGCUAGGAAAAAGGAUACAUUCCUGAGGACAUGCAACACGCCAAAAUCGUGACCUGAUGCAAAAGUAAAGGAGACCGUACAGACUAAUUAUUACCCAGUAAUUUCUCUCCUUAGCAUGGAAAGACUUUUCAUCUUAAGUCCUUGCAGGCAUCUACCCAGAGUCCAAUUGUGGAGGUGGUCAUUCAACUGUAGACAUGCUCUCAUUUAGAGACCGACCGAAAGUGAUUUUCUGAUUUCGGCCGAAGCCGAAAAUAGGCCGAAAGUUUAGAAAUGACUUUCGGCCGAGACCGAAAAAAGGCCGAAAUUUAAAAAUGAAUUUUGUCCGAAACCGAAAAUGAAAUGUUAAGAUAUUUUGAAAUUUGUUCCCGCAUACAUUCUGCAUACAUCGAAAAUGAUGUGGGGAAAGUAUAAAUAUUUAUAUUCUUUUUAUAAAAAUGAGAUAAUCGUGAAUAUUAAUAAAUAACCAUCUAAUAUAAGGGUCUCAAUAUAAUAUAAGAGCCAUUUGUGACCCGCAAGACGAUAUUUUGCGGCCCACUACAUGACAGAAAAGUUUAGUGUUAAUGCGUGGGCGUUUCCCCCAUUCUCAAAUCUAUAACUUGACUCUCCGCGACGGUUUCAGUCGAAUCUCACCGACUAGUCUAAUUCUGAUUUUUUUUUUUUAUGUUUCUCUAUAUUUUUGUAUGCCAGGUCUCUGGCAACAGUGAGUAGUGCUUGAGAACCCUUAAUGAUUUGUUUGUUAUUUAUAAUGGUUGAGCAGAUUGGAACAGUUGUAAUCGCUUUUUUGUGGAUUACUUGAUGCAGCCCACUCUCAUUCAGACACUACCUCCUGUGCCCCCCUCCCCCCAUGAUUUGAGUUUGAGACCCUUGAUCUAAUGAAUACUUUGGAUUUUACCAUUUUAAUAUAAAAGUAAUUUAAAUUGCUUUACAAUUUUUUUUUAAAAAUUAGUAAGGUACGGUAGGAGAGAAUUUGGCAAAAAUUGGGGGGGGGGAGGUGAAAUUAAUGCAAAAUAUUAUUUUUUUAAACAGGGUCUCUAAAAAAUGUGGUUCUAAAAGAUCGCUUAAUUUGUUUUUAAAGAUCGUUUAGUUGGUUGUUAUUGAUCGGUUAGUUUAUUCUUAAAGAUCGUCUAGUUUGUUGUUAAAGAUCGCUUAGUUUGUUGUUAAAGAUCAUUUAGUUUGUUGUUAAAGAUAGUUUAGUUUGUUGUUAAAGAUUGUUUAGUUUGUUGUUAAAGAUCCUUUAGUUUGUUGUUAAAGAUCGUUGAGUUUGUUAUUAAAGAUCGUUUAGUUUGUUCUUAAAGACCGUUUAGUUUGUUGUUGAAGAUCUUUUAGUUUGUUCAUAAAGAUCGCUUAGUUUGUUGUUAAAGAUCGCUUAGUUUGUUGUAAAGAUCACUUAGUUCUUUCAUAAAGAUCACUUAGCUUGUUUUUAAAGAUAAUUAAUUUUGUUCCUUAAGAUCGAUUAGUUUGUUCUUAAAGAUCUUUUAGUUUGUUCCUAAAGAACAUUUAGUUUUCCCUUAAAGAUCGCUUAGUUUAUUCUCAUAAAUCAUUUAGUUUACUAUUAAAGAUCAUUUGUUUUGUUCUUAAAGAUCAUUUAGUUCGGUCUUAAAAAUCGUUUAGUUUGUUCUAUUAGAUCGUUUAGUUUGUUAUUAAAGAUCGCUUAUAUUGUUCUUAAAGAUGGCUUAGUUUGUUUUAAAGAUCGUUUAGUUUGUUCUUAAAUGUCCCUUAGUUUGUUGUUAAAUAUCGUUUAGUUUGUUCUCAAAGAUCGCUUAAUUUGUUCUUAAAUGUCGCUUAGUUUGUUGUUAAAUAUCGCCAUCGCUGAGUAUUAAAAUGACCGAAAACAUGAGUCACUUACGGCCGAAAGUCUAAGUCGAUUUCGGCCGAAACCGAAGAAAAACCGAAAGUUAACUUUUACUUUCGACCGAAACCGAAAUUAAGCCGAAAGUUAACUUUUCAGUUUCGGCCGAAACCGAAACUUGGCCGAAAGUGAUAAAAUGGCCACUUUCGGCGCCGAAACCGAAGCCGAAAUUCGGGCGGUCUCUACUCUCAUUACAACAGUUGCAAGAAAAUUUUUAUGAUUCAAAGAGGCGUCUUUACAUUGGUUUAAUACACUUGACAAAGGCAUUUGACUUUUUGAACCUGAGAGGAUUGUUCUGUGUCAUGCUUAAUAUUGGUUUUCCCCCCAGAACUGCUUACAAUCAUAAUUUCAUUUCUCAAAAACAUGCACAGAACAGUCAGUUUCAAAAUGUUGCAGUCUCAGAGGCAUUCUUGGUCAGCAGCCGAGUAAAUAAAGGUAUUUGCACCAGACACUUACCCAUCUUAUUCCUCAAUGCUUCUUCAGUAUGCCUUCAAGGACUGCAAAGAAGGAGUUUAAUUUAAAGACCAAGAUUAAAAAAGGGGCUAAUUCACGAACUGCUGUUCGCCGACUGUGCCGCCUUAUCACACAUGGAAGGGGGACUAAAUAGGCUAAUAGAUCACAGAGCCAAAUUUAGCCUAACAAUAUUUUAUUAAGGAUAUAAAAAUAUCACCAGUAUGUUUCGCUCGGUUUUGUCAUACUAAUGCUUUGUGUUUCCAUAAAUAGCGGGCUAGAUAUUCCUGUAGUAAUAGUUAGCCUAGUACCAACUCAUUAGUCUUAUGUGCUGGUGACGUAAUAUUUUGUUUGGUGACGGCUCUCAUUGGUGGGGGGGUGGGCGGAAAUAUAUUUUAACCGGGUCUCUUAAUAUUAUGGCACUGACGUGUCUCGGCCUUAAAACGUAAAAGACAUCUCACAGGUCUGCAUUAAGCUUACCACAUCAUUUAUACGAACCGGUGAUUCAUGCACAAUGUUAAUGUGUUAUUUUCUCAAUAAGAAUGUUUAUCAGCAUGAUAAUGACAAACAGCAAUAAAUUAAUGAUUUGAAUAAGUCUAAUGUUCCUUAAUUUUUAUUUUAACAAAUAAAACAAAAAUACUAUGACCAUUCCCUGAGAUCAUUCAAUAUUGUUUGACUAUGACAACAUUUAUCAGCAUAAUAAUGAUACAACAAAAUGAAUUGUAUAAAUCUAGGUUUCCCAAAAUUUAUUUUUAAAAAAAAAAAUAAAUUAAAUCGAUAUUAUAAAUAUUACCAUGCCCGUAUUUUUUUUCUCCAAAAACCUAUUAUGUUUGCUUAAGCCUAAUUGAAAAUUAAUUUUUGGGACAUAUAGGACAAGUAGCUCAUCAUGUAGCUGUGAGCUGUUUUCCUCAAGGAGUUGGCCUAGUCGUAGAAAAUACGAUGAAAGCAAAACGUCGAGCAAUAAUGAAUAUCGGAUUGCCGGCCUUAAGUCAGACAGUCUGACUUCUUUUACAUGACCGAAAUUCUCAAUCACUUUCGGCCGAAACCAAAAAAAAAACUGAACGUUAACUUUUAUGUUUUGGACGAAACCAAAAAUAAGCUGAAAGUUAACUUAAAAGUUUCGGCUGAAACCGAAACGAGGCGGUAAGUGAUUUAAUGGCGACUUUUCUGCGCUGAAACUGAAAUUCAGUUGGUCUCUACCCUAUAUAACUUCCUUCUGUGUCCAUCCAGGGGUUUUAUGCAAUAUUUGAAUUGCUGACGUCAAGUCGUUUUGCCUCCCCCCAUCCCGCCAGCUAACAAAUUGUCCAACUUUUUCCAACUCCUCUCCCCCUAUUUUGAUGCCCCAAAGAGACAACGUAAGUAGAGUGAUCAAAAGACAUCACCAGUCUUUGAGCCAAGGUGGUGUCAUGAGAUUUAAAGGUUUUUAUUAUUUUUUUUGUCUUUGUUUUUGUGUGUGUGUGUGUGUGAAAUAUAGGUACCGGUACAGAUAAUACAAAUUUAUUUCCCGAAUGGUUGUCAUUUGGUCAUCGCCGCGCUGCUUAUGAUUUUUUUAGUGUAUCUCGGACAUCCACCCCCCCCCCCCCUCCAAUUAUAUAUUUUAACAAUUCCCUUUCUGCUGUAUUCAAAAUCAUUUUGAUAUACCUCAAAAAAAAAAAAAAAGACUCUUAAUUAGCAAGUUAUAAUAAAGGGACUAUUUUUUUUUUUGUUUCUGCUUAUGAAAAUGUCGAAUAAAUCGGAUCCUUCUUUGAACACCAAUUAAUUGUUACUUAUUUUAACCAACUGUCCCAAGGCUGGCUUAGAUUUAUUAACAAAUAAAUUGAAAUGAUAAAAAUGUUUUAUGAUGAAAAUUUUCAACUUUCAAUAUUAUUGUGUAACAAUAGUUCUGAUGUUAAAUGGUUAAUAGUGGCCACAUAAGAACCUAUUGUAACUUGCUCAAACCUGAGAUGUAACUCUACCUUAAAAGCACAUAGGAAAAUCUUAGGAACUUUGAAAACAAAUGUUGCGACAAUUUUUUUUUGAAGAUAAAUGAAAUGAUCUAAAAGGAACACAUUGCCUGCAAUGAAAUAGCCUCUAAAGUUGUUUUUGUUUGGCAAUCAAAGUUUUGAAUUAGUCAGAUCAAAUCCCCUAUUUAUAGCCUACUAGCUAUAAAUUGUUUAGAUGAUUAUGAGUUGCGAGACCUGUAAAAAAAAAAUGGCCAAGCUAGAGGUCGAUUGUGAGAAACAUCAUUUUCUUAACUUUAAAUUUGUUUUUAUUUUGUUUUUCAAUAUUUCAAUUGUUUUACACAUUAAACAAGCACGCAUUAAUUCUAAAUAACUUAUUUGUGUUGAUCUCUUGUGAUACCAGAUAAAUGUUCACACAAUUUUAACCUAGAGAUGGUGUUUUCAUUUCAGGGCACAUAAAGAAAAAAACGUUUAGAAUACCACCAAAAAAAACAAAACAAAAACAACCGUUCAGAAUACAAAACAAAAAAACACCAGCAAACAUUCAAACCAUUUACCAAAUUAUAUGUAAUAAACAGGUGUUGUCAGAAGUUCACUUUAACAAAGAAUAUGAUAAGAAAACCUACAUCCUGGUACCCAUCGGUGCUACCGUACAAGUGGAAACAUGUCAAGGUAGUUUACUGUCAGCAAUUUCUAACUAAACCAAAUUAAGUCAGUUAAUUAAAUAAUUGUUUCUUGGUUUGUUUUAAGACGGGAAAAGGAAAAAUUAGCACUUUUGAAAUGCGAUAAAAGAUUCUUUAUUUUUUUAUUCAUUCUCUAUGCUGUUCCCAUGACUGUCCCAAGGGCCUGGGAUUAAUCUUGUAAGAGUUGACCCCUCCCCCCCACAAUCCCUAUCCCUUAUUCCCGCCCACCGUAUUCCAUAAAAGAAAAAUUAUGAACUAUUUAAUGCCUAUAAAGAGAUUUAUGCUCCUAUAUAAAAUUAUAAAGAUAAUGUAUCAAUUAGAAAUCCACUCAGAUAUCCACUUUGAUAAACCCCGCUUCCACCACCUUAUUUAUUUUUAAAUCUUUCAGACCUACAAACAACGUUAUCAACAAGUACUCCUGGCUCACCAAGUACACCUGAAUCAGUAAGCACUCCUGGAUCACCAAGCACACCAGAGAGCACUCCAGGGUCACCAAGCACACCAGGUUCACCUAGCACUGUUGAAACCCCAAGCACACCAGGAUCACCAAGUACACCAGAAUCUCCAAGCACACCUGGUUCACCAAGUACUCCAGGCUCAUCAAGCACACCAGAGUCUCCCAGUACACCAGGGUCACCAAGUACUCCAAGUUCUAUAAGUACUCCUGGCUCACCAAGUACACCUGAAUCAGUAGGCACUCCUGGAUCACCAAGCACACCAGAGAGCACUCCAGGGUCACCAAGCACACCAGGUUCACCUAGCACUGUUGAAAGCCCAAGCACACCAGGAUCACCAAGUACACCAGAAUCUCCAAGCACACCUGGUUCACCAAGUACUCCAGGCUCAUCAAGCACACCAGAGUCUCCCAGUACACCAGGGUCACCAAGUACUCCAAGUUCUAUAAGUACUCCUGGCUCACCAAGUACACCUGAAUCAGUAGGCACUCCUGGAUCACCAAGCACACCAGAGAGCACUCCAGGGUCACCAAGCACACCAGGUUCACCUAGCACUGUUGAAAGCCCAAGCACACCAGGAUCACCAAGUACACCAGAAUCUCCAAGCACACCUGGUUCACCAAGUACUCCAGGCUCAUCAAGCACACCAGAGUCUCCCAGUACACCAGGGUCACCAAGUACUCCAAGUACUAUAAGUACUCCUGGCUCACCAAGUACACCUGAAUCAGUAGGCACUCCUGGAUCACCAAGCACACCAGAGAGCACUCCAGGGUCACCAAGCACACCAGGUUCACCUAGCACUGUUGAA